AUGUGCCAUGCACGUUCCAACACGCGGGCAUCCGAGGGCAUCCGACCGAGGCUAUCCGAGCGUGAGGGCAUCCGAGGGCAAGAGGAAUCACGCGAGGAGCAGGAGGGAGUGCAUAGCGACUACAAGUCGCCCGAGCAUGACGACCUACGGCCAAUAUACAGUGAUUCUCAAUUGAACCGACCGGUCCGGCCCGAUUUUCAAAACACUGAUCAGCAGCUGGCUUCUCUAGCUCUCAAGAGGCUCGUCUCAUCGAACAUACUGCCAAGCUCCUUGCGCCUGGUCCGCCCAAUUGUCACCGCUCCGUCCACCUCCACAGUCUCUAGCACCAACGCCAUGCUUGAUGACGUGUUUGAUCUUCUCUCUCCGACAAGGAGGCCGAGCCAAGUCGUGAACACGAGAGACCAGUUGAUGAAGAACCCAUUUUUCUCCGCUUCCCGUGGCAUGUCAACGCUUACGAAAGGCCGAGUCAAAGAAUCAAAUGAUAGGGAAACCGACGAGCAAAAAAAUAUCCUUCGCCCGUUAUCUCCUCAUCUUCCUAUUUACAAGCCACAGCUUAAUUCAACGCUUUCAAUCACCAAAAGAAUCUCCGGGGCUUUCCUAACCACUCUGCUUUUGUUUCUUAUCUUCUUUCUCUGAAAUUGGGUUCGGUUUGCUUAACCAUUCUAGUUUCUACCGAUUCUUCUUUUAUUCAGCAAAGCUUUUCCUAGUUUCCGCCUCGGUUUCUGCCUUAGCCCUGUCCUAUCAUACGUAUUAUGGGAUUCGUCAUUUAUUGAUGGAUUUGCUCAAAGUGGGUGUUCCUAAGGUCAAGUGAGGUGGAGAGGAAUGAUGUGAUUCAGUUUCAAAUCGACUGAUUUGCUGGCCGAGUGGACUUUUUGUGGUACCAACUUUGUUUGGGAAAAUAAGGGCUUGAAAAUAAUAGCAUGAAAAGCGUUAAUGCUCUUUUUCUCUUGUUGAAAUACGAAUGUGUGUUGGUGUUGAACCUUCAAAACCCGGUUAAUGCUAAAAGGCAAAAGCUUCUUUGAACUUGUUAAUUUAGUGAUCCCAGUGAACAAGGUUUUAGCAUUCUGUUUA